AGAGCACAAAACGCCUCAAAGAAUGCCGUAGUUCCUUUGGAUAAGUACUGGUUAGAGGUCGGGUUUAUGAUUGUUAUGAUGAAAGUGCCCCAGCGUCUAUGGGUACAAGUGGUGUGCAGAUUCAGCACAGGAAAUGGGAAGUUUGUUGACAAAAGCGACCCCACAAACAUCGAGAUGGCGUCAAUCUUCUAAACUGUUUUAAUUUUACUACUCUGAAAGAGGGGUUAAAAAAGGAAAAUGUGGCGUUUUUUCAACAAAGUCAUCAUGAUUCUUCUUCCUUUGAGUUUCUGCAGUGACAUUAGACUCACAAUGUUCAAAGGAGACCACUGUUUGAAAAUGGAUUUCAAAGCUGUUUUCAAGGAAGUCACAAAGGUGAGGUGCUCCGCCGUGUGUCUCCAAAUGAAGCUGAGCUGUACAGGAUUCUGUUUCAGCAAAGAAUCUGGUCUGUGUCAGCUCUUCUCUUUGGUGGAUGGUAGUAUAACUGAUUAUCUCUUCAUGCUCCCCUCCACUGGCGUCAAUCUCUACUUCGAUCAGUCGAAAGUGGGGCUUUUGCUGGACAAACAACUUUUCAUUUUUCCCAACGCCUCCGUGAAAUUCUCUGAUGGAAAGACGCUGUGUUCAAGCUUUGGCGGUUCCUUGUAUGUGCCACAGUCCCUGAUAGAAAUAGCUGUUCUUAAGCCACUUCUUACUCUGCCUUAUAUGUGGACUGGUCUGACAGAUGCCAACCGAGAGGGCAUAUUUGUUAAUUCAUAUACAGGAAGCCUAGGUCUUAUCCCUCCCUGGUGGGUAGGAGAACCAAAUGGCGGUACCAGAGAGAACUGUGCUGCACUGAUCCCCGGAGGGUUGUUGGUUGAUUAUCAAUGCGACGCCUUGAUGCCUGUGAUAUGUCUUAAGCACAUUGUCUUGGGAGAUAUAAGUGGUAGCCUGUUGUAGACAGAUGUUCCUUACUGCCAUUUUCGAAACAGAAUGAAAGUACUCAAGACAAUGCGAGAGUGGCUCACUAUUCCAAAGUAGGCCUACUGCUACGUAACAGUACAGAAAAAACUUCCCUGUCGAAUCUUGGGCUGCAGCGCUUUCUCGUUUUCUUUCCAUUUACUGACCCAUAUGACUCUCAUACUCCAACUGAUUGCCUUGUCCCAUCAUCCUUUGUAUUUCAGAAAAGAAAGAGAAAUGGAGAAGAAAAUUGCAUAUAUAUAUAUAUAUAUAUAUAUAUAUAUAUAUAUAUAUAUAUAUAUAUAUAUAUAUA